GUGCGUUCGUUUUAAAAACCAACGUCGAGCUGCUGUAGAUUCUUGACAGCUCGUUUUAAACCGCCCGUUUUCUUUACGCCGGGAAACAAAACAAGCGCACUCUCUGCUCACGUCUGUUCUUGUUACAAGUGUGAAGGACAUGCGAAAAGUCAAUGCCUGCUCUAGCCUGUAAACAGCAGUUUUUUUCUUGCCGCAUUGAAGACUUAAGACUGACACUGUAGACUUAUGUCUUAUGUAUGUUAGCCAGGAUGUUUAAUAGGAAUAAUAACAUUAAAUAUCUACUGAGCCUUGUCCCGGGUAAACAACGUCUCGGGACGUACAGGUUUCUUCCCAUCUUCUUUUGCAUCGGAGGCGUCAUGGAGUGGAUCAUGAUCAACGUGAGGAUAGGAAGGGAGACUUUCUAUGAUGUCUACCGAAGAAAACGAUCAGAGCGGGAGUACAUGCAGAAGAUAGCAGAUGGUGUGAUAGUUGUUGAAGAGCCUGCAGCCAAGUGAAGGAAGGUCGGAUUUAAUGUGGACUUCACGUGUGUCCUCUAGGGACACAUUCUUGGACCCACGCUCCCUUACUUGUUUCCAACAGGCUGGAAUGGACUUCAUAGUAUGUUACAACAACUGUAUCACAGUUAUGAAGGAGUAAAGAGUGAAAGGCUGAUGGAGAAACAUGCAAGUUUAUUGUUAAUAUGAUUUUUAGCUAAAAAAAAGCGAAAAUCAAAUGAAACGAUGUAAUAAUGGUCUCAUUUGGAUUUGACAACAAGUCAAUUUUGAUGGGUCAGGUUUCAAGCGUUGCAUAGCACCUGCCAAGACAAACCAGUCUCAACCAAAUUGUAACAAAAAAGAAAAUGCAAGAAAUAAUCUUGGAUGAUUUUGCACAGAUGUGUUCAUUACUGGUAGAUAGAGUUUGAUAAGAAACAAAAAACACACAAACUUGUUUAAAAUACUGCUGUUCUGCGAUUAUACGUUUUCUGUGUGAAAAUGAAAAACUGUCAAAGUCUUGAACUGUACGGUAGAUUUGAGUAUUUAAAAUCUAAAUUAAGAACUGCAUUUUGCAAAAAAGUAUUUUACCAUAUGUGUCUGUAUCAUUUAUUUCCCUUCAAAAAAAAAAAAGCAGGCUUUGGUUAUUUCAGUUGUACCAUCCAAAAGGGAGAGAGCGCAGACAGAUGAAGCUGUUCGGGUGCUUCGACAGCACGACAGGGUUCCCGUCCAGUCUCAACUCGUCCAUGUUGGUCCGGAUGUAGUGACUGUUGUUACCUUUGCAGAAUGUCUCAUCCGUUACUGUGGAGAUCUUGUUGUUCUGCAGAACAAACAGGAGAGACAAUCCAAGGACACAACAUGUAGCUACAACUACUUGCGCCGCAGGGAGAAAAAAAAGUAAUCAAAUUGCGUCUUCAGAGCUACUCUGAUUCAUUUCUGUGAUUGCAGUAAAUACUGAUACACUUACAUGCAGGUGCACGGUGUAAAGAGAUUCUGGAAGUUGGGGCACUGCCGUCAGUUCAUUGUUUCCAAGGUAAAGAUAUGCCAGUCUCGUGAGUUUCUGCAACAACAAAAGACCGCUAUUUUGAAUCGGGCAACUCGUUGUGUUAAACAUCUAAACUCAAAGUACAUCAUGUCUGCAAACUUUUUUUUAAAAUUAGAUCAGUUGGCUUUCUUACUUUAAAAGCAGUUGCCUUCACACCCUGGGUUUUAAGAUGGUUGAAAUUGGCAUUGAAUGACACCAGCUUGACGGGCAGCAUGGGAAGUUUAGUCAGUCUGUUUUCUGCAAGAGUGAGCUCCUCAAGAUCUGAGAGUUUUGAAAAAGCUCCGUCGUCGAUCUCAGCGAUGAGAUUGCCAGUAAGGUCAAUUCUUUUUAAUGUGGCUGGAGGAAAAAGGCACAAAAAGGGGAGAGAGCUUAAAAGGUGGCAUUCGCUAAAGAGUUAAAUAUCAUAAUGACUUCUGUUUACCCAUGUCUGCAAAGUCUUUGUUUCUUAUUUUUGUGAUUUUGUUGAAACGUGCAUAGAGGUGUUCUGUUUCCUUUGGCAGUGCUGGGAUGGCUGACAUUUCAGGGGACACCUCCUCACAGUAAACAGAUCCACUCAGGCAAACACACAGCAGACAGGUCGGCAUCUCUGAAACCAUCACAGUGUUUAUUUCAUCACCCUUGUACACAAAACGCACUACACAUAGUUUAGUUGGGGACACUUCCCACUUCCAGACCGACCCCAUUAUUACAUAAUGUGGGCUUUAGCUACGUUCACAAAAAUGGGAAAGAAUCCCUCAGAAAGGGUUGCAUAAUCGGCUUUGAAACAGUUGUUUAUAAACUAUUUACCUGUUUAAACAAACCUUACCAUUAGCUUUUGGAGCUGCUGCUGGGUGGGUGUCUGAGUCUUGAAGGGUGCCAUAGUCUGGAAAGGUCUGUGAAAAAGGAUAACUCGUUGUUAAAGCUUCUUCCCGACUCAAACAUAUUAUGCAUUUCUUCGACUGGCUUCUUGACAAAAGAUGCUUUUACCGUAAGUUUUCUGACUUCCAUGUAUUCAUCUUUUGCCGCAGAAGACAGUAUCCAUGGGAGCAAAAUAGAUGUAAAAAUGAAAGUCCUUAACUGCA